CAAAGUGUUGCUCGUCUAAUGAAGUGAGGCCGAUUUGCAUAUGGCUUUAAUCAGCUGCAUACUGAUUACGCUUUAUUACGGCUCUGGCAGCCGCUCCGCUUCUGUUUCGUUCCAGAAUGAAAACGAACUUCUUCACACUCUAGUUGUUAUGACAAUCAUGGCACAGGGAGAGUGAGAGAGAGCAAAUCAAGCAAGCCGGAGAGACUGAGAGAAAGGCAGCCACAGUUUCAGCGAAGCUUAGCUGUGCUCUGCACGUGUGUUGUUUUUCCACUCCAGUCCGUUUAGUUAAACCGAGACUUCAUUGCUUUUGAGUGUUGUCAGCGAAAGGGGCGCUAAGUUUGUUGUGAUGCUCGUAGAGACGCUUGAGAAGGGGAGUGUAGCAGCUGCCGAUUCUAGAAUGAGUAAUCCAUCGGAAACAAGUAAAUGUGCAAUGGAGAGCGGGGACGAAAACACUGGUGCCCAAACAAAUGGACUGGACUUUCAGAGGCAGACUGUGCAAACAACAAGCGCAAUCACCAACGCACACGCACAGGCCUUGCUCCAACAGUUGACUUUGACUCCAGCGCAGCAGCAGUUAUUGAUACAGCAGGCUCAGGCUCAGCUCCUGGCAGCAGCGGUGCAGCAUUCAGCCGGCCAGCAGAGCAGCACCACAGGAGCCAACAUCUCCGCCUCCGCUGCCACCCCCAUCACCCUCUCUCAACCCAUCCAGAUCACACCUAGCUCAACAAUAAGGAUUUGCCCUGGCAGUUUUUUCACCUGUCCUGGGGAUGUCUCAAGUGUUAAACAGUUACAGCAGCUGCAACAGCAGCAGAACCUCAACCUGCAGCAGUUCGUGCUGGUCCAACCGGGACACCACAUCGCAACACAGCUGCAGCCCACGCAGUUUAUCAUCUCGCAGACGCCACAGGGCCAGCAGAGUAUCCUGCAAGCCCAGAACCUUCUAACUCAACUACCUCAAAGCCAAGCCAACCUCCUGCAUACCCAGCCAAGCAUCACUCUUGCCACACAGCCUGCGACACCUACGCGCACGAUAGCAGCGACCCCCAUCCAAUCCCUCGCUCACAGCCAGACGACACCAAAGCACAUCGACACACCCAGCCUGGAGGAGCCCAGUGACCUGGAGGAGCUUGAGCAGUUUGCCAAGACCUUUAAACAGAGACGCAUCAAACUGGGCUUCACUCAGGGGGAUGUUGGCCUUGCCAUGGGAAAACUUUAUGGAAAUGACUUUAGCCAGACCACCAUUUCUCGCUUUGAGGCCUUGAACCUGAGCUUUAAAAACAUGUGCAAACUGAAGCCCCUGCUUGAAAAAUGGCUCAAUGAUGCAGUUUGUGCAGAGAACCAGACUUCUGAACAGGCCCUGUCCAGUCCCAGCUCUCUUGGCUCGCCUGGGCUGGGCAUAGAGGGCUUGAACCGCCGCCGCAAGAAGAGGACCAGCAUCGAGACCAACAUCAGAGUGGCCUUAGAAAAGAGCUUUCUGGAGCAGAACCAAAAACCUACCUCUGAGGAGAUCACCAUGAUCGCGGACCAGCUCAACAUGGAGAAAGAGGUGAUCCGAGUGUGGUUCUGUAACCGCAGACAGAAAGAGAAGAGGAUCAACCCACCCAGCAGUGGCAGCAUCUGCAGCACCCCUAUCAAAGCAAUCUUUCCUCACACCACAACUCUGGUACCGAGUACAGCCAGUCUUGUGACCAGUAACACACCGACUACGAUGACUGUCAACCCAAUUACAUCUCUCACCAGCACUAGCGUCGGUUUCACUGGCACAACUAUUGGCUCGGCCACCACUAACACGGCAUCGGUCAUCUCCACUGCACCUGUGGUCACCACCGUAGCAUCCUCUCCUUCGCUCAGCCCUUCCCCCAGCGUGGUGCAGACGUCCUCAGAGCAGGCUUCGGCUCAGGAGAUAGUAGCGGCAGUGAGUCAGGCAUCUUCCUCCUUGGCAAACACUCUGGGCACUGGGCAGGUGAUGGUGGCGUCACCCAGCCUCACGGCUGCUCUACAAGGAGCUGCCCAGCUGCCCACCAGCGCCAGCCUCGCCGCCAUGGCUGCAGCCGCUGGCCUCAACCCUGGGCUCAUGGCAUCCUCGCAGUUCAAUCCUGGCGGGGCUCUUCUUAGUUUGGCGCCAGGAGGUCUCGGAAGCGCUUUGAGUCCAGCACUGAUGAGCAAUAGCACCUUGGCCACAAUCCAAGGUGUGUGGAGCGCUCUGGCAUCUAGUGGCUCUCUGCCCAUUACGUCACUGGACGGGAGCGGGAACUUUCUGUUUGCCAACACCAGCGCUGGCAGUACCCCUAACCUCAUGACGACACCACUCUUCCUGAACCCUCAGAACUUGUCACUGCUUGCCAGUAACCCGGUCAGCUUAAUGUCUGCAGGAGGGGCCGGGGGUGCUGCCGGAGCCCUCAAUCUGCACAUCACCGCCGAUGCCCACCAGAGCGCUGUUACCACGGCAACUAUGCCCGCCUCCACCAUCACCACGGCCUCUAAGGCCCAGUGAAAGCUUAACCCACUCCUCUCCUCUUCUAGACCCCUUUCUUUAAUAUCUUGCUACCACCAAAAACAAACCCACUAAAAAAGGAUUUGAUGUUGUUUUAACGUUAUUUUACCGUUUAAGGUUUGUGUGUUCUAACGUUACAGAUAUCUUUUUUCACACAUUAAUCAAUAAGCGAAUGUUGGCGUCACCACAGAGCUUGCAUCAGGAGAGCAGAAACCUCCCUGGACAUUGCUCCAAGUCUCCGUGCGACGCAAAAGCAUAUUCGUUUCAGCAAACUCACUCUCUCCCAUUUUCACACUAUACCUCUUCUUCAGAGGUUCUUCUGAGAUGCUUUUAACCAAAAAACUGUUUACUCUGUGUUAAAUGACACCUUCUUACUGCUGACCGUAACCGUAGAAAAAGGACACCUCAUAUUCUUCUGUCUAUGAUCUCUUCUCUUUCCACUGGAGAUCCUGCUUUACAGAUGUUCCUGUCCUCCUGGAUCUCCUUUUAGAUGCACAUCAUUUAUUUUUGUCAAACAGUGGGUUAGCUUUAUGUCCUAUAUCUUACUAACUUGUGGUUACAAGGCUUUAAAUGGAGUAAUAAGCGGCUGUGAUGCGGUUUCAUUGCUUUAAGGAAUCGUUCGACUGGCCUUUCUUUCUAGUGAAUAUUGUUUUUGUAUAAUUUCGUAGUUUACUCAGUAGCAGAAGACUAGUCUGGGUCUCAAUUCUGACCCAGUCACAGGCUUAUUUAAUACUAAAAGCUUUAACGAAUUAUGAGAUGAUUCGUCGAGGAGGGGUUGUUCGGCGUGGGCAACAGUGACCGAGCAGUGCUGUCUACUUUGGAGCUUCAGUAACUCAGAGCUCACAACUCGUACGUUAGCGUCAGGACUGUGUAACCACGUAAGGUAAACCUCCCCAAGGUCUUCCUAACAUGGGAUCUACUUUUGGUAUCACCACCUGAUUGUGAAGGUGUUGGUCAAGCCAGUUGGGGUGGAUGAUAUUCAAGUUUGUUUUUGUUUGAUUCUUUGAUUUUCUACUUGUGCACAGUAUCUGUACCAAAAAACUGGAUUUGAGAUCAGAAGUUCUGCUAAAAACCGAGCAGACUGCAGUCACGCUUUAAGAGGUCUUUAUUUCGGGGGUCUUUGUAUUGCCUCCAUUUCAAGAUAUACCAAAAAUCUUUGUUAUACCUGUUGCUGUAUAUUGCUACUGUAGCGUAGUUUAAGCCUAAAUAUUUAUGAGCAAAGGCUCUCGGUAGACCACAGGAAAUAUAAUGCAAUAUUUUGAUCUUUUCCAAAGACGAAAACAGUUAUUUUCUUUCUUUCUUUCUUUUUUUUUUUUUUUUUUGAGAUGGCUGUCCCUCCUGUUUUGUAGUAUCAGUGCAACUAACCAAAUAGAUUCGAGUCGAGGUGAGAGUAGGGCGUGAAACUACAGCAAAGUACCAGUUUGAGGUUUGGGAUUGUCCCUUCUGCUAGCAAUUCAUGAGGACUUUGAGUGAGAAAAAUGGGGGAGUCUUCUUCCCAUUGUUUCUGAUAAUUGAAAAUUGUAAACGUGCGUGUGUUGGAAGUAAUGCAAGUGUGUUCUUACCUGAUGGGCUUUUUUGACUAUUUCCCUUUUUUGUAGCUACAAGGUACCAGAUUCAGUCCUCUUAAAAAUACACUUCUCGUCCCCUGGGCCCAAUGUGCUGGCUAUACCAUUGGGCAGUGGUUUUCAAACCAGGUCCUGGGGACCCAUUUUGUACGUCUUUCUUAUCUGACACAGUCAGUUGAGUUCUCCUAAUGAGCUGAUGAUCUGUAUCUAUUGUGUUAAAUGAGGUAGACGCACAAAAUGUGUAGAGCGAUGGACCAGGAUUGAAAGCCUUUGCCAUUGAGCUUUAGUUCCUAACCCUGGUCCUGGAGUACCCCCAGCACAUUUUAGAUGUCUUCCUAAUCAAACACGCCUGAUUCAACUCAUCAGCUUGUUAUUAAAGACCCUAAGACCUCAGAUGGGUUGUCAAAUAAGAGAAACAUCAAAAAUGUGCUCAGGGUUGGCAACCACAGCCAUGUGGCACAGUAGUGGGCCUGAAAUAUCUCUUAUAAGGGUGCGGGGACAUAAUUAGGGGUUUAGCCAAAUGGUCUGUUUUGUUUUUCCCUACCAAUGUAAUGCAGCCAUGAUGUAAAGCUUGAACCAAAGUCGAUUUCUCACUAGCUGCUGUGCCUGUGUGGGCCAGUGCAAUGCUGACCACACUUUCACCACUCACUACUGACAAACUUUACCAUUUAUUACUCUUCUUUUAAAUCCUAUUCAUUCAUCUUGCAUUGACCCAAAAAUUGUGUUUGGCUUGAUGAAGAAAUAUAGCCUCUCUAGCACAGCGCUAACUCGCUUUAGCUCUCGAUGUCGAAGCAUUUAACGAUCCAAAUAGAAUCUUAAGGGCCUUGUGUUUAAGUGCUGUUGAGAUUUUGGGAGUCUGUGUCCUUCGUUUCAUUCAUUCACCUACUCUGUGAGUCUUUGUUUUGGAUGUGAUCUUUUGGGUCUCAACACUGAUGCUGUGUUUCAACAAAUGAAUAGCAAUAUCAAGAGUCCACCAAGAUAAUUUAGUUUAAAGUCCAUAAAAACCCGUGGAAGUCCAAAAAGGCCCUGAAUUUGUCCAUGGGAAAGGUAGAUUUUUAAGUGUUGCAUUGGUUCAUUGUCUAAACUUGGAUUUUAUUUCUUAAACGACCAAUAAAUACAGGCAUUCUGGGAGAAUUACAGUAGUAUUUCAUUUCUGUAGCAUUGCUUUUAACUCUGUCACAUUUUUUUAAUUCUGUCACAAAGAGAUCAGAGUCUCCACUUAUUGUCCCUUUUGUGGUUUGUUACUGUGUUCCUUUCUGUAUUUUUUUUUUCACGACUCUCUUUUUGCUAGCAUUGCUAUUUGUGUUAUUGUAAUAUGAUUUGAAAUACCUCAGCAGCACUUACAUGAAAGGUUCACUUUAGGCAAAACACCAGAAGUCAACUCCAGAAUGUACAAAAGCUGUUUCUAACAGUCCAUUUUUAAAUGGCCAACGUGUAAAACAAAACUACAAAGUAUAACAGGAGAAUCUGUAAUAAUAAUGUCACAUAAGUCUACUACUGCUAUUUCAAGUACUACUACUUAAAGGGUUUGUCCAGGUUAACUUGUAAUAUUUUGUUAUCCUACUUGCCAAAGUUGAAAAAAAAAAAAGCCUUUGUCUUUGCGGCUGGGUCUUGUUGCUGCUCAUUCCGCUGGUUCUGUCCGGAAAUUUCAACGUAGCCUCUCUGGAUGUGUAGAUUUAUGUGUUGUUUUGCGCAUUAGUGUCAUUACCCGGUGGUGGCGCCGGGACUGUGGGGAGUUACUGAUAUAUUUAUCUGAGGAAUGACUCAAGGUUAGAGAACUUCUUUUCUAAAUUCUAUAUAUAUUCACUUAUGUAAGAUGCUCAUAUUUUAUAUUUGAACUUAUAUCUAGUUUGAAUGUAGUGUUUUUGUCAUGCUUAUUCACUAAAAGGAAAAAAUAACAAAAAAUUACUUCAUUUAUAUGAUAGCUAUUCUAAGAUAAAAAAAAAAAAGUCAAGACCAAAAAUCGCAACCACACCCUUGUGAUGUGGGAGUGGCUGUUGUGUGCCCCGCCCACAUUGACAUGUUUGUUUUGAGUGGGUGGGGCUUGUGAUGGUGCUCUAAAGGAAAGCCCGCAGCUUUAGUUGAUAGUUGACUUGAUGGCACCAAACUACUCUUAAUUUUAAUUUUAUUUUAUAUUUGGUUGUUGUUUUUCCUUUUUUUAAUGGAUUUAAUUUGCCAUGUUGCUUUUUAACAAUCUUUUACAAUCAUUUGAAUUUAAUUACUUUAUGCCUUUUUUGUAUAUCAUGAGGGAGCAACGUCACUGGCUUUCUUUGUUUGACAAACUUGCGUUUAUCAUUUAUGCCUUACUAUUAUUUCAGAGUUUGACACAUUGUAGCAAACUGUAAUAUGUUGAUGUUACAGAUGAUUUUGUUCGGUUGUGAAUUUGUGUGUGCGUGCGUUAGUGAAAGAUGACGCAACAGGGCAUGCACCAAUGUCAACUCACACGGUGCAUAUCAACCACGAAAAUGACGUUGAUAUGUCACGCGGUGCAUAUCAACCAUGAAAACAAGGCUGUGUUUUAUUUGUGUUUUGUGAUAUUUUGGAAGUGUUACUGCCUAUUAUGUAGGCAUAAUUCAAGGCUGUUGGAAACCUGUUGAAAGCUUUACUAAUAACUCAACUCCAGCUGAUAUGUAGGGGGCGCUAGUGGUGCAUUACUUUGAAAGAUGAUAUUUUAGAGAGGAUCUGUCUGAGGUCACAUUCUCAAGUGACUCGCUUUUCGGAAAUACAGGAUAUUUUUUUUUUUUUGGUUUUAAGUGGAUAUAAGGAAGCGUCAUACAUCAUUUGAUGCAAUUGACCACUUGGCUGUAAAUGAUAUCCUUUUGAACCUGUGUGCACAUGAGAUGUUUCAGAUGUGAUUUAUCCAACGGUGUUGAACCUGGCAACAGCUCUGUACAUGUGAAGUUGUUGCAGAUCCUGUUUUUGGCACUUGAUUUUGGCGUGUGUGGAUGCUCUGACUUGUGAUUGGAUAGUUUCUUGAUUGUAGCAGGGUUUGCCACUGUAGACCCUUAGUCUAGUAACAAAAUAGGAUAGUUGCAGAAGAGGUCAUGCACCAAGCGAGAGCUGGUUUGAGUAAAGGAGCUGUUGUAUACCUCAUUUAUAACUCGAAACGGAGUAAAAACUUGCUUUAAUCUACUUCGAAAGAUGAAAUAAAAAAAAAACAAAAAACAAAGAUCUGUCCCAGACCAGAAGCCUGCAGAUGUCUGUUUAGAGUGAGGAACCAGAGGAUACCUAGAAGGCAAGCUCAUGCAUAUAGGAAGCCCAUCCCACUUAUUUAUAUUUAACUUUUAAGUUCACAGUAUAGCUCCUUGUUCAUUUUACACCAAAGCUUUUUUUUUUUUAUGAUUUGACAAUCGUCGUCUUAUGAAACCCCAAAAACUAACUUUCUGAAACUUUCGCAUGGUGUGCGCGGUUCGUUCUGGGUUUGCUUGUUCCUCACCUUCUCAGUGGUAACCAAAGACUUUUAAAGUGAUUGUAUGGAGUUCCCUGCCUCAACCAUUAGCUUGGGGUUUGAGAUGAUCGAUCGAAGCGUGUGGCUGAGUGGGCGGGGCUUAGUAGAAAGAGGAAGGAAAAAAAAACCAGCUCUGCCGGCUUCUGGAAAGGACUUGAGUAACCCCUCACGGGCUGGGUGAUGUUUAUUAAUAUACGCUGAAGGAUGUCCUGGGCUCACUGCAACCUGCUCAGGAUAAACUGUCCUCUGGAGUUCCACUCUGUGGCUGCAGCAAGGCAAAACUGUUUCUAUGAUUGUCUACAGAAAACAUGCAACGUCUCUCUCCAUAGUCGUCUUUUAGGUGCUGUCGUCCCGUGGUUUCGCUGUUCUGUCGAUGUCUUUAUCUAGCUUUGCUGUGUCCACUGUCAUGAUUUCAAUUGGUUUGAUCAGCUGUGCAUCAACUAUGCAUCGUUGUCCUCCAUCCUGCAAGGGCGGCGUCUGUGUGACACGGUCCUUUUCAGAUGGAUUUUGAUCUUUUUUAUUGCAAGUGGAGGGUCCAAAGCAACUAUAAGCUCUAUCCCAAAGCAAAAAUAUCCAAAUAUGAAAUGUUUUACAAAUGCAGAUACCAAAGAUUCCUCUUCCUUCCCAAACCCUUCAGCUUGUGUAUUAAGAAACAGAACCCAGCUCUGACAGUAGUCCUAACCUCAGUAAUCCAAAGCUUAGAUGUAUAUUUUGGUAUUUUUCCUGAGAUGCUUAUGGGGGAAAAAGUUUGUCGUUUUUUUGAUUUUCUUGUUCGUUGGAUCUGUUGCUCUUUUUUUCUGUCACAGCAUGGAAUUUAACUGCAAAACUGUCUUACUGUAGGUUAAAGAAAUAGUAUUUUUGUAUGUUUUUGGAUGUGUCGAUGUAUGUGAUAUCAGUUUCACUGCCCAACUUAUCAUUGUUUUUAAAACAAAAGACGUUAAAAAAGACGAUGUACAUAAUACUUAAGUCAUUGAUUUCAAACGAAAUCUCUCUCUAUACUCUCAUUUCCAUAUUUCCUAUGGCUAAAGCUCAAGGAAUGUUUCAUUUUUCACCUCUGUCUCAUACUGUAGAUUGUACUUGUAUAUCUCCCUUCAGAACGCUGUAACUCACUGUUGUAAUAGUGAUGAUUGGUUGGGAUCUGAGUAUCACUACAGACCUGAACUCUAGUGCCACUCGUGGCCUGCUACCAAGCGAACAUACACCCAAGACUGAACGCUAAACGGCUACAUCACUGUAGCUUAGAACUGAAUGAUUGUGUAGAAUAUAAGUAUGUGAAUCAGGAUACAUGGUAGAUAUGAUGCAUUUGUCUGCUGUAUUUUGUUUGUUUUUUUAUAUAUAUAUAAAGAUAAUCUUUUACUGUAACUGUACAGUUCUCUUUUGUUGUAAACAUCAUUAAACCAUUUUCCAAGUGUUUUAAUAUUCUAA